ACGUCACGGGGCGCGCGGUGGAGUGACGGAAUUAUAUUGGCGCGAUCCAGACGGCAGAGGCCUCUGCGGCGUGGUCCUCGGAAACACACGGAGGUGGUCUGUGUUGGCCAUGGCUGACUACCUGAUUAGUGGGGGCACAUCCUAUGUGCCGGACGACGGACUCACGGCACAGCAGCUCUUCAACUGCGGGGACGGCCUCACCUACAACGAUUUUCUCAUUCUCCCUGGAUACAUCGACUUCACUGCAGACCAGGUGGACCUUACUUCUGCUCUGACCAAGAAGAUCACACUCAAGACCCCACUGGUUUCCUCCCCCAUGGAUACAGUCACAGAGGCUGGGAUGGCCAUUGCAAUGGCGCUCACAGGAGGUAUUGGUUUCAUCCACCACAACUGUACACCUGAAUUCCAGGCCAAUGAAGUUCGAAAAGUGAAGAAAUAUGAGCAGGGAUUCAUCACAGACCCUGUGGUUCUCAGCCCCAAGGAUCGAGUGCGGGAUGUUUUUGAAGCUAAGGCUCGGCAUGGCUUUUGUGGCAUCCCCAUCACAGAUACAGGCCGCAUGGGGAGCCGCUUAGUGGGCAUCAUCUCCUCGAGGGAUAUUGAUUUUCUCAAGGAAGAGGAGCAUGACCGGUUUCUGGAAGAGAUCAUGACAAAGAGGGAAGACUUGGUAGUAGCCCCUGCAGGCAUCACAUUAAAGGAAGCAAAUGAAAUUUUGCAGCGCAGCAAGAAGGGAAAAUUACCCAUUGUAAAUGAAGAUGAUGAGCUGGUGGCCAUCAUUGCCCGGACCGACCUGAAGAAGAACAGGGAUUACCCACUGGCCUCCAAAGAUGCCAAGAAGCAGCUGCUGUGUGGGGCAGCCAUUGGCACUCAUGAAGAUGACAAGUAUAGGCUGGACUUGUUAGCUCAGUCUGGUGUGGAUGUAGUGGUUUUGGACUCUUCCCAGGGCAACUCCAUCUUCCAGAUCAAUAUGAUCAAGUACAUCAAAGAAAAAUACCCCAAUCUCCAAGUCAUUGGAGGCAAUGUGGUCACCGCAGCUCAGGCCAAGAACCUCAUUGAUGCAGGUGUAGAUGCCCUACGGGUGGGCAUGGGAAGCGGCUCCAUCUGCAUCACCCAGGAAGUGGCUCCCAAGAUCCCUCCAGACAUAAAGUCCCACAGCCCCAAAUGCCCUUCUACUGUCACGGGCUGCUAUAUGUUGGCCUGUGGAAGGCCCCAAGCAACAGCAGUGUACAAAGUAUCAGAAUAUGCACGGCGAUUUGGUGUUCCUGUCAUCGCUGAUGGAGGAAUCCAGAAUGUGGGCCAUAUUGCCAAAGCUUUGGCCCUGGGGGCAUCCACAGUCAUGAUGGGCUCCCUCCUGGCUGCCACCACUGAAGCCCCUGGUGAGUACUUCUUCUCUGAUGGGAUCCGGCUAAAGAAAUAUCGUGGCAUGGGUUCUCUUGAUGCCAUGGACAAGCAUCUCAGCAGCCAGAACCGCUAUUUCAGUGAAGCUGACAAAAUCAAAGUGGCCCAAGGGGUGUCGGGAGCUGUGCAAGACAAAGGAUCCAUUCACAAGUUUGUUCCUUACUUGAUUGCUGGCAUCCAGCACUCCUGCCAGGACAUUGGUGCCAAAAGCUUGACACAAGUCCGAGCCAUGAUGUACUCUGGGGAGCUUAAGUUUGAGAAGAGAACGUCCUCAGCCCAGGUGGAAGGUGGUGUCCACAGCCUUCACUCGUAUGAGAAGCGACUUUUCUGAAAAGGAACCCAUCAUAUCUCCUUGGUUUUUCAAUAAAAGUUUGAAAAUAAAA